AUGCUGAUAUUACCUACUCAAUGGAUAUCUAAAUCAAUUCCAUUUCUUGAAAAAGAAGAAUGUAUUUAUGGAUUUAUAUAUAAUACUUUGAAUAGUUGCAGUUAUGGAUUUUAUCUUACUAAUUUUGAUCAUGUUUGGGUUCAAGAAUUAGACAAGGAAGGUAUGAUUAAAGCUGCAAAUUCAAUUGGUCUUGAAGAUCUUAAAGAAACUGAUUUGAUUCAUUUAUUACAUGAGUUAAAGAAUGAUGUACAUGAUAAUAUAACAUUUGAACAAAAAGAUGAUAAUAUAAUUGUACAAACUAAUGGUCAACCACAAUGGAAAUUUAGUUUAAUUCAACAGGAUGAUAUUAGAACAAUACAAUUUCUUGCCAAAUUGAAUUAUCAACAAUUUUCAACUAUGAAUUUCUUGAAAUAUCAAAUUGAAGAUCUUAAAGAUAUCAUCAGUGUUAAAGAUCAAUAUUCUAGAUUUCUUGCAACUAAUUUCAAACAAAGUCAUGGAAUGGAAUUAAUUAAUAAUUAUAAGAAAAUUAAUCGAUCUGAUUUAGAAUCAAUAGAGAAAUUUAAUCCAAGUCGAUGGGAAAAGAAAUCUUCUAUUGAUUAUAGAACUUUAAGAUCAAAUAAUAAGAAAUCAAAUGAUGAAGAAUUGAAUAAAAAUAUUACUCUGGCAGUGGAAAAUCCUUGGAAAUUUGCUAAUCUGUUUUAUCUUAAUGUUACUGAAGAACAAGAAGAUUUAAGUCCUGUUAAAUUUGAAUUUGAUGAUUCUCAAUCUCAAUCUCAAUCAGGUGGACAAAUAUCACAAGUGUCACUGGUUCAAUUUGAAUCUCAACCAACUCUUGAUUUGGAACUAAUGGGUUCUCCUAUAAAAAAAUCAAGUUCGGGAGGAUUUAAACGACCAGCAGUAUCUCAACUUGAUAGUUCAUCGAGUCUGAAUACAUCACAAUCACAACGCAAGAGAAGAAAAAUCGGAGCUCUAUCAAAAAGGUGA